AUGGCCGAUGAUGCAACAGCGCAAACAGCAGCGACGACGGAUUCAAAUGCAACAAAAACUGCUGCCCCUGCCGAAUAUAUAAAAUUAAAAGUUGUUGGACAGGAUUCAAAUGAAGUUCAUUUUCGAGUUAAAUAUGGUACGAGCAUGGGAAAAUUAAAAAAAUCGUACGCCGACCGCGUUGGCGUUUCAGUUGGUUCAUUACGUUUCCUCUUUGAUGGACGUCGAAUUAAUGAUGAAGAUACUCCGAAAACACUGGAAAUGGAAGAAGACGAUGUUAUUGAAGUUGGUUUAUCUUGUUUUUAA